AAAGUAAUGAGAAACGGAGAGACAGGCAGAGAGCAAAGACAGGGUGGAAGACAGUGGGAGAGAUUUGGGAUUUAGGUUGUGCAGCAGCAGGAGGGAGAAAGAGAGGGAGAGAGAGGGGAGGGGAAAAGUUGGACACGGACAAUCUCGCAGUAACUUUUUUUCUUCUUUCCUUUCUCCGUGGAAGAAGCCUAAUGAAAAAAAAGGAGACAGAAACCACAUUGGAUUACAUUUGACUGCCUUUGCAUCGCCCCGCAGGAUUUCCAAUCUGGUCUCUGGAUACAUACACGCGUUUAUUUGCGGAUUAAUGUGGUCGCAAAUUUGUGGAUUUAUCAGUUGUUGAAGCUGGUGGCUGAGGCGUGGUGAGGUGUUUACCGAGGAGUGGAACCAUGUGGCUCCUCUGCUCCUCUCUGACUCUGCUGGCCCUCAGCUUCGGAUCAUGUGACACAUCGCCGUCGGAGCAAGGCAUACAAUGCCCGUCCUUACAAGUGGAUGAGUGGAAGUUUCCUCAGACGGCCAGGCACAAUAUCACUGGUUUUAAUCUGGUGAGGCGUUUCUCCCUGCUCAAGAGUCAAGAUGUCAAGAAGAUCCGCAACCCUCGUGGACCCGUCAUCCUCCGCCUGGGCAAGAGAGCACUCCUACGCCCCACCGAUCAGGUGUUCCCACAUGGCCUACCUGACGAGUUCACCUUGAUCUUCACCUUGGCUUUAAAGAAGGCUGCCCUGAGGGACACCGUCUACCUCUUCCAGAUAUCUGAUCAGCAGGGAUAUCCACAGCUCUCUGUAGACCUUAGUGGCCCAGAUGGCACCCUGUCCCUGCGAGCCAAAGGCAUAGACCCUGAUGGUGACAUGGUGAGCUGUGUUUUCACCGGGGAGGGCGUGGAGGCCCUGAUGGACCUGCGCUGGCACAAGGUGGCCCUCAGCGUGCAACAAGGGGCCGCCUCCCUCCACGUGGACUGCAGUUCCAUUGAGACCCAUCCCCUGGAGCCCCGUGGAGGUCUGCCCACUGACGGACACACUUUGCUGGGCAUUCGUGCCUCUGAUGCCGCGGCUGUGCAGAUGGACAUUCAGCAGGCGAUGCUGUAUUGUGACCCAUCCUUGGCCAUUCAGGAGGCCUGCUGUGAGAUACCUGGAGCUCGGUGCCCUCCUGAUGCUCCCAAGAGCCGUCGUGCUGCUGAGAACGACCUGUUGGAAAACACAUUUAACCAGGAUAUUUUUGCAUCCAGGGAUCUGGCAGAGAAAUGUGCUGGUUGUUUAUUCCUGAGUAGGGAAGAAAAUGUAGAACAUUUUGGUGGGGCUCCUGGGUUGAAAGGGGAAAAAGGUGACCGGGGUGAUGACUGUUCUGGCUCCCAUUCAGGUCCAUGCACAGAGGGACCCAAGGGCCAGAAGGGAGAGAAAGGCGAGCCGGCGACGCCCGGCAACUGGGGCGAAGCAGCUGGGUACAAGGGAGAUAAAGGUCAGAAGGGAGAGAUCGGUCCACAGGGUCUCACAGGCACUCCAGGGAGGGACGGUCAAACAGGGUCCGUCUGUGUAGUCGGCCCCAAGGGACAGAAGGGUACCCCAGGUAAGGUGGGUCCUGAAGGGUUGGCUGGGGAGCCAGGGAAACCGGGACUUCCAGGCCUGCCAGGAGCUGGAAAGCCAGGCCCCCCAGGUCCUCCUGGUGAACCGGGUGGUGCAAAAGGAGACAAGGGGAAUACAGGAGCUCCAGGAGAAGAUGGAUUGCCAGGAGAUCCAGGACCAAGAGGACCAGCAGGGUCUAAAGGAGAGAAGGGUGACCCGUGUGAAGUGUGCCCUGUGCUGCCUGCAGACAUGGUCAACACUGUGGCUCUGCAAGGGAAGCCCGGCCCUAAAGGCGAGCCUGGAUUACCGGGGAUAGGAGAGAGAGGAUUGCCUGGGCCUCAAGGUGCAGAUGGCAAGGCAGGACAGAAGGGAGAAACAGGAUCAAAUGGCAGAAAAGGAGAAAAGGGAGAGCCGUGUUCUGUGUGCCCCACUCUCGGAGAGUUUCCCCCUAACCUUGUGCCCAGUGGCAUGACCCAAAACUUGCAACAGAAGGGAGAGAAGGGUGAGCCUGGGACUGGACAGAAAGGAGAUCAAGGGGAGCCAGGAAAGGAAGGAUCACCUGGCCUUAGAGGAGAGAAGGGUAAUGCAGGCAGCCGAGGCGCUGACGGUAAGCCGGGAAAACCCGGACCAAGGGGACCUGGUGGCAAGGAUGGACAGAAAGGCACAAAGGGAGAACAAGGGCUGCCUGGUCUUGGUCUUCCUGGCAUGAAGGGUGAGAAGGGUGAGUGCGGUGUGUGCCAGCCAUCUGAAGUUGGCAGUGGGCCCGCUGGAUACAAAAUGCCGGAGGGAGCAAAAGGCAAGCCAGGCGAACCAGGCCCUCCAGGGCCACCCGGACCUCCAGGUCUCGGAGCUGAUGGCAAACAGGGGCCGCCAGGUCUUGCUGGUGUAAAAGGAGAAAAGGGUGAACAAGGCGACCGAGGAGACAAGGGAUUGGACGGUGCUCCUGGAGCCCCAGGACUUCCUGGAGAGCCUGGUCAGGAUGGACUAGUUGGCUUGAAGGGAGAGAAGGGUGAUGCAUGUACCAGCUGUCCUUCUCUGGGCACUACAGUGGGUGAUGGUGUUGCUGUGCCAGGCCCCAAAGGAGAGAGAGGAGACCCAGGUCCCCCAGGAGAAGGGAAACCUGGCAAAAAUGGAAAACCAGGCUUACCAGGUGUGCAGGGGCCUGUCGGUCCCAAAGGAAGCAAGGGAGAAGCUGGAGUUGCAGGAGUCGGCGUUCCAGGACCUCAAGGUGAAGAGGGACCAAGAGGGCUACCAGGACUUGUAGGACCUCAUGGAGCCAGAGGAUUGCCUGGCCCUAUUGGCCCUGCAGGGGAAAAGGGCUCCAGAGGAGAUGUCGGGGCUCCAGGACCACAGGGGCCCAUGGGCUUUGGAGUGGCAGGACCCCCAGGUAAAGAUGGAGCCCCCGGCUCUAAAGGUUUGCCAGGAGCUGAUGGCAGACCUGGACUUGAUGGAGCUAAGGGGGACAAGGGAGAACCUGGAGAGUGCAACUGCAUUAUGCCAGUGCACACGGGCAUAGGCGGACCUGGAGCUCCAGGAACUCCAGUAAACGUGUGGCAGCCUGGGCCUCAGGGCCCACCAGGACCUCCUGGGCCCCCUGGCCCACCUGGGCCCCAGGGUGUUAUUGGAAUCCAAGGACCCCAGGGUAUCCCCGGAAACGACGGGAUACCGGGGAAACCGGGUUUGCCUGGAUACGUCUAUUCCACUGUGCCAAACCAGCUUCCUCAAGACUCCACUGGAGUAGACGGUGAUGAAGACUGUGAUGGGGGCUGUUCCCAAGGGUUGCCAGGGGUGCCAGGUAUGGCUGGUGCCAAGGGUGAAAAAGGAGAUCAGGGCAAGCCUGGUGUAACCCCCUUGGACAGCUGUGACAGGUGUUUGGAGAGACUGCAGAGGGAGCAGGCGACACAGGCAGUGGAUGACCGAUCCUGCACAGGAGCUCCUGGACUUCCAGGAAUGCCUGGAUCACCGGGAAUCAAAGGAGAGCCAGGUACACCAGGAGAGAGAGGCCAAGCUGGAAUACCAGGAAGCAUGGGACCUCCUGGUUUCCCUGGUCCUCAGGGCCCAUCUGGUUUACCUGGUCAGCAGGGUGAGCGAGGGUCACCUGGCCUCACAGGAAUGAAGGGCGAGCAGGGCCCUCCGGGGACGCCUGGCUACCCAGGAUCCAUGGGACCACCUGGGCUGCCCGGACUAAAGGGUGAACGUGGGAGCCCCGGAGGCGCUGGUCAGAAGGGAGAAUCAGGUCCUCCUGGUAACCCUGGGUAUCAAGGACAGGCUGGCUUACCGGGCAGUAAAGGAGACACAGGACCAGCAGGGCCUCCAGGUGAAAAAGGGGAACCGGGUUUCCAAGGACAACCAGGCUUCCCAGGACCACCUGGUCCACCAGGUCCCUCUGGCAAAAGUGGAAGGGAAGGGCUCCCUGGACUCAAAGGUGAAAAAGGCAACGAUGGUGCUCAAGGGUCUCAGGGACCAACUGGACCUCCAGGCUCACCAGGCUCCCCAGGAUUGAUGGGCCCCCCUGGCAUUGAAGGAAUGGAUGGGAAAGAUGGUAAACCAGGGUUGCGGGGAGAGCAAGGCCCUCCAGGCCCUGCAGGACCAAGAGGAAUCCCAGGAUUCAAAGGGAAAACUGGCCAUGUUGGCUUCCCUGGGCAGAAGGGUGAGGCUGGACCUUCAGGUCCACCUGGACCUCCAGGCAGACCAGGACAUGAUGGUGAUCCCGGUACCCCUGGAGCUCAGGGUCGACCUGGACCCCCCGGCCACAUUGGUUCUACAGGUCCAGCUGGACCUCCAGGUCCUCCUGGUGCAUCAGGACUGGGUAUAAAGGGAGAUAAGGGCCAGGCUGGUGAGAGGGGUUCACCUGGGAUGGUAGGACCCCCAGGGCCACCCGGACACCCGGGGCCCAUGGGAGAGCCAGGCAGUGAUGGCGCUGCUGGUAAAGAUGGAACGGCAGGGCCACCAGGGGAGAAUGGGCAGCCAGGUCAAAAGGGUGAGUCAGGGGCCCCAGGCCAAAGGGGUCCUCCUGGGGAGAGAGGCAGACCAGGGCCUCCUGGUGGUGGAGGUUACCUCUCCAAGGAUGCACAGCCAAUGAUUGGCCCAGUCGGACCCAGAGGGGAAAGGGGAAGCCCAGGUUCGUCAGGCCCCCCCGGACUUCCUGGACCUCCAGGGUCGCCAGGAAACGAUGCUGUAGUUAAUUAUGAUGAAAUCAAAAACUUCAUUCGCCAGCAGGUCAUCAAGAUCUUCGAUGAGAGAAUGGCCUAUUACAUGUCUCGCAUGCAGAUGCCAGUAGAGAUGGUGGCAUCCCCAGGUCGGCCUGGGCCCCCAGGGAAAGAUGGCUCUCCAGGUAAUCCCGGCGCCCCGGGUGCACCUGGCCUCCCGGGACAGAUCGGCAGGCAAGGCCGGCCAGGAGGCCUAGGACCCCCAGGACCACGAGGACCACCAGGAGAAAAAGGAGACAAGGGCAUUGGGGAGAUGGGAGAUGUAGGACCUCCAGGUGCACCAGGUGUCCCUGGACCUCCUGGCUAUGGUAAGAUGGGACCUCCAGGUCCUGUUGGCCAGCAAGGUGUUCCUGGGAUCCCAGGACCUCCGGGACCAACUGGUUCAAAGGGAAAUGAUGGCAGGUGUAAUCCUGGAGACUGUAUGAGCCAUCAAGUAGAAUACAGCCCCAAGGGCCCACCUAUCAAGGGCCCCUGGUAGAGGGCUAGAGGUAGUGGGGGAGAGGGGCAGGGGGGACUGAAGCAAAGAGACUACAGAAAAGACACAAAGCCAAAGACCAUGACCCAAAGUUAUUGAAUUUGAUAAACUAAAGGAGCGGCCAGUGUUGAGUUGUAUAGAUUUACCCACACAGAUUUUCUGCUGUAGCUCUGAGCAAAAAUCCAAAAUUUCUUUCUAAGGGCCCCACUGGAACUGAGGCCUGCAAAGACACACCAGCAGCACAUUUUUAUUGCAUCAUUCCCUUUCUCUGUGAAUGCCAAUUCACUGCUAUAUUACUGCCUCUUAUUUUCUCACUGUGUUUCACUCCUUUUGUACAAUUUCAAACAACCCAGGGGAGGUGACAAGAAUCACAAUCUGUAUUUUCUUCCUUGAUUAAUUCUGGCCUCUUUUGUUUUCUUUCUUUCUUUCCUUUUAAAUUUUCUUUGUCUAAAUCUGUAGAAAGAGAAUACACACAAUUAUUGUAGCACUUUGCUUCCACCUCUCAUAUCUUUGUUCCUUUGUCACAGAAUCCCAUUUGGAGUGCAUCCCAUGCAUUUCUAAUGUUCUGUCUCAGUGCCUGAGGUGUGAUACAUAUUUGAAUUUGACUUGUAAGAGAAUAUCCCUAGAAAUGUAUUUCAGUUCUGUAGAAACAAACGUCAAAAACUUGCAUUCAUAUCAAGGAGGCUUGAUGGAUUGACUGUUUUGUAUAUAUUUAUAUUUAUAUAUAUAGUGGCUUUUGAUACUUUUUCAAAGGAUUUGAUAAAAGGCAUAUGCAUGGCCCGCCACUUAUUUUUCAUUGUCAAUGGUUAUACAGCAACAAUGCAAAUACAAAGAAAUGCCAAAGGGAUAUUUUUCUAAGGUCUAUAAGCUUUCAAAAUGGAAUAAUGCUGUUCUGUAAAAGACAAAUUAUUUAUAGAAGAAAAUUGCGUUUACAUAAGGAAGCAUAUUGGCUUUUGUAAUUAUUUUGCUGACAUUCAUUUUGCGUAAUUUUAACUCCAGUCUUCUUGGAAGUGAAGCAAUUUUAAAGCAUCUCAUCUCAUUUUAUAUUCCAAAGUAGCUGUAAUAGCCAUCUGCCUGCUUCACUAGGCACUUGUUUAAGAAAAUAUGAGCAAUAAUUGAGCCCAUUCACCACAGGUACUGUAAUGCGACCACCAUAAUAUCAUCACAAACAUUUGUAGUGUUACAUGGUGCUGUAUUUUUGGUUUGCUGUCUGUUAUUUUUGUCACUUUUUGUCAUUUCUAGAAGUCUCUGGAGUUAUAAAUCAUUACUAUCUCUUCCCAUCUCCAUAGUUUAAUUGGCAGUUUAAACUAUGAGCCAUGGUCAGACUUUUCUUUCUCACAAGCUAGCCCAUGGGAAAUAUUAAGCUUAAAACUGAAUUAAAUUGCUUUUCAAAGA